AUGACUUUAGCAAGCCUUGUUCCUGGUGCUGCUAUAAACGAGGGCGAAGAUGAAGAGCAGGAGGCGGAUCCCAAAGAAGCCGAAUAUCCUGUUAAAUAUGAGAACAGGAGACACUUUUAUGAAGACAUUAUGGAGCAUGACAUCAUUAUUUAUGAUGUCACGAAUGACCCCAAACAGUUGUCUGAAGCGAUGUGGCUAGCUGCUUCACUUGAUGCCGACUUUGAAAACUUUCGCAAUCAAAAAAUCUUCAUUCUACUAACAUCAUUAAUUAGCUGGCUAAAAACUAAACCAAAUGACCCAGUCAGUGCUCUUGUUUACAUUUUUGAAGACCUAAAAGGCAUUUAUUAUUGA